AUGGAUAAGAUAGCGCGGAGUUCUAGAGAGCAGGGAGGCUCAUCUCCCGUUCAGGUAUGCACCAUAGAGAAAUUUAUGAAGAUGAAUUCGCCAACUUUUUCUGGAGCGAUUGAUCCUACAGUUGUGGAGAAUUGGGUGCAGGAGGUAGAAAGGAUUUUGAUAGUAAUUCAUUGCACCAAUGAGCAGAUAGUUUUAUAUGCUACGUCUAGGUUGGCAGGAGAGGCUGAGAGAUGGUGGGUAGCCACCAGAGAGGCACGAGUACAGGAGUUUCUGAGCCUGUCCCAGGGAUCACUGACUGUCCAGCAGUAUGCGGAGAGAUUUAUCGAGUUCUUGGGUUUCUUCCCAUAUAUUGUUCCUGAUGAAGUGAAGAAAGCUAGAAUGUUUAAGAGGAACCUGAGGCGAGACAUUUAUAGACAGGUGACGGUACUGAGGAUCCAGGAUUUUGCAUAG